UCAAGCUUAUUAUAUUUAUCUCCAACAAAAAGGAUAUCCUAUAUUAUUAUCAGAGGUAAUCGAAAACAGAUGCCCUAAUGGAUUUGCAUGUUAGCCUUCCGUGGGAACUAGAGGAAGAUAUACUCUCUCGCCUUCCACCUCAAUCUCUUCUCCGAUUCAGAGCCGUGUCUAAGAGAUGGAACUCUCUUUUCAAAGACAAGAGAUUUAUCAACAACCACUUGUCUCUCUCUCGUCCCCAGUUCAUCUUCCUGACCAAAUCAAAAAUUUAUUCGAUAGACAUCAUCGAUCAAAGGACAAAAUUGCGUGAGCUACACUCUUCCUGCAGGGAUUUAAAUUUGCAAUACAAAAGAAUCACUACUUGCGAUGAUCUCUUGUUCUGUAGAUAUCCUCCAUUCUGUUCGAAGAAGGAGACAGCGCUCUGGAAUCCAUGGUUGAGACAGGUUAACUUGAUCAAGAUCAACUUGUCCGUGGGCAAAGAGUUCAGUGUUUUCGGCUUAGGAUACGACAACAGUAGACCCCAAAAGGUUCACAAGCUUUUACUGUACUGCCCACCACCUCAGGAAACUGCGAUCUACGACUGUGCCUCUCACGUGUUGAGGUAUAUCAAAACACCUUACGAGGUAGACAUAUCUGAAAUAGCUAGACGGUCACAUGUGUCCUUGUAUGGAAAUUUGUAUUGGAUGGCUUACAAUCUCCAGACUUGUCAGUAUUUAAUCCAAAGCUUUAAUUUCUCGAUGGAGAUUUUCAAACCCUUUGGUCUCAUUCCUUUACCAGAUAAGCCUUGUUUGUAUGGUCUUCGCCUUGCGGUUUGGAAAGGAGAUAGGUUUUCCUUGUUAAAGCAAACCUAUUCUAAAACGAAGAUUGAAAUUUGGGUAAUGGAGAAUAAGAUUGAUGAUAAAGAAGAAGUGGUGUGGAUAAACUUGAUGACUUUGACAGCAAGUAACUUGCCAGAGUUGUUUCAUAAGAUGUAUGGCGUUAGUUACUUCAUCUAUGACAAGACCCUAUUCAUGUGUUGUAGCGACGAUAAAGAUAAACAUCCUUGCAUAUAUAUUGCGAAGGGAGACGUGUGCAAUAAGAUUCAAAUAGGGUAUGGCCAAGUCGGUUGGUUUUCUCACUGUGCUUAUGUUCCAAAUUUGACCCCGGUUCCUUUAGAAUUUCAGAUUUGAGUGAAUUGUUGCAACUCUGGUAUUAUCAGCUUUUCUUUUAAGUUGUUGCAUGUCUUUUGUUUUAUUUGACAUUUUAAAGUGAUUGAAUGUUCUUUUCAGUUUUACUUGAGUGA